AUGUUUUCAGAGCUCAAUUCAGGAUUAAAUUUGAUCUCGGCAUCCAAGGAGAGGACGGCCUUGGAGUCACCCAAUAAAAGGCUGAGAGAGGACAGCAAACCUGCUGAGGAGCUAGUAGUGAAGAGGAAACCACCCACAAGAAAGAAGAAGGUUUACAGCACUUUUGUUCCCCAGAGCUGCAAAAGCCCCACAGCCUCCAAACCGGAUGAUCGAAGAAGCUGCGUCUUCGGCAACACCUGCACAGGGUUGACAUGGAGCUUCAUACAAGAGAAAAAGCAGGACACCAGGAACUUGGAGUCGUUCAGAAAACUGCAGAGAGAUGACAGCAGACCUUCUGAGGUGCCAGUGGUGAAGGCCACAAAAAGAAAAGCUUCCGCUGAAAGAGAGACACCCAGGAAAAAGAAGAAGAGUGAUGAUGUCACACAGAACAACAGCUGCCUCUUGGGCCACACCUGCAGAGAUCACUUCCAUGACAAAUACCAGCAACUGGGUAAGAUCGGACAAGGAGGCUUUGGUUCAGUUUAUGAUGGUAUAAGAACAUCUGACAAAUUACAUGUGGCGAUCAAACACAUCCGCUCAUCCUGUGUGAGGAGGGGAUCAAUGAUGUUAAAUGGGAUAAAAUGCAUGAUCCCCCUGGAGGUGAUCCUCUUGCACAAAGCAGCAGGUGAACCAGAGUCUGUGGGUAAAUCAGCAGCCGUGUCACUGUUAGACUGGUACGAUCUGAAAGACAGGGUCAUCCUGGUCAUGGAGAGGCCACAACCCUCUGUGACCCUGAACAGCUACUUGCAAAGUUGUGGUCCAGUGAACGAGAAAAUUGCAAAGAAAGUCACAAAACAGCUGGUGGAAGCAGCUGUAAAGAUGGAGGCAGUAAAAAUCUUCCACCGGGACAUAAAAACUUCGAACAUCCUUGUCCAGUCCACACCUGGUAUCUUCCGAAUGCGAGUCAUCGACUUUGGAUGUGGCUCCAUUUUGAGGAAAAGACAUUACAAUUACCGUAGGUUCAGAGGAACCCCUUUGUAUAUUCCUCCAGAGUUUAUGAAAUAUGGGAUAUACCAGGCUGGACCCACCACUGUCUGGCAGUUGGGUGCUGUGUUGUAUGAAGUGCUGCAUGGAGUGUGGUUCAACACCUUUAGUUUCGUGACCACCAAAUGUAAAAUCAGAAGUGACCUGUCCACUGAUUGCCUGGAUUUUUUUAAAGCGUGUUUAGCUUUGGAGCCUGGCGAUCGAGCCACUCUAAAGCAAAUGCUGCAACAUCCCUGGCUCUCAUGAUUCUGGACACGCACACCUUCACAUCAUGAAAAUACACACACACACACACACACACACACACACACACACA